UUAGAUGUUAAAAGGGGAGAGGGGGGUUUAUUUCCCUGGUGGGAGGCGGAGUUUGCAUAGUAAUGACCGUUAACAAGUGGGAAAGAGAGUGAAAACGUCAAACACGCAACGACGAGAUGGAGAGAGCCACAGACCAACACGCCCCAUCACUCCCAAUCCGCCCGCUGUUCCCCUUCCUCUUCCCCAGCCCCUUGCUUUAUUAAUAAUUAUAGGGUAAUAUUUGAUGAGCUUCAAUCCUAGCUAAUCAGCAACACCCUCUCUCUAUCUCUCUCAUUCCCACUUUUUGAGCUCGAAAAGUAGCACUCUGUAGUAGCAGCUUCUCGAUCGGAUGUGAAAAAGGCCAGAUGCAUCCAAAUUAAAAAAGGCAUUAGCAAUAGCUUAGGCCUAGUUAUAUUAUAUUUACUAUAUUGUAAUACAAUAUUCAUCUAAAGACAUGGGGCAUGGGAGGUCGUGUUUUUUAAUUGAAACUCUCGAGCGAGCAAGAGACUUAUAGGAAUCCUCAAGCCACUGUCCCCAUUCUCAUACCGUUUUCUGCUUGGAACCCCUCCCUUCCAGUCCCAGCCCCAUUCCCUGCUCAUCCAUCACAUAAACCUUCAACUUGAUUCGUUUUAUUCUUCUUCCAAAUGCAAAUGCAAAUGCAAAAUGCUAUCCACCCUACUAAUUAACUAGCGAGCCAGAGCAGUCAGCAAAGCAGAGCAGUGAUUUUUUUUUUUUUUUAAUUUUUAUUUUGAAUUACAACUACUCCAUCCAUAUAUAUCGGCCCAGCUGGUAGCUUCUGGGUAAAUUUGGAAAUUGAAGAUGGUGAGGAAGAGGAUGGCCUCGGAGAUGGAAGUCCAGGUCCCCACUGCAGCCACAGCCACAGCCACAGCGUCGCCAAUUACUGAUUAUGUGAGGUUUUCGCGGCGCACUGGCACUGUUGCCACUCCCAACACCAAUAGCAGUAGCAGCACCACCAUGUCAAUGAUGGGUUUCUGUUUUCCAACAGCAACAGCAGCAGCCGCCACUAACAUAAACAUAAACAUGUCAAUGCCUAAUAAUUCUAAUUAUACAAACAACAACAACAACCCGACCACCACCAGGGUGCCGACGCAGCUAAUUUCCAACUACUCCACUAUGCCAAUGCUACCAUCUUCCGCCAAUUUGACCGUGCUGACGUCAGGUGCGGGGUCUGGGGUUUUAUCUUCUUCUCCUUGUCCUGCUGCCAACUCCACUAGUCCAAGUCCUCCUCCUCAUAUCAUCGACCCCUCCCACCCACUUCAUUAUCACCUCCAUCAAGUUCAUCAGGGAUCUCAACCUCAGCCUCAGGCCCCUGCCGUUUGUGGGUUCUCGGGUCUUCCUUUGUUCCCACCUGAAACCACCACCAACAGCAGCGAUCUUCCUAUUGCAAUUUCUGCUUCUUCAGGUGGUUGCGGCACUAGGGUUUCGCCCAUGGAGGACACUUGUUCCUCUUCUUCGUCUUCAGCCACCGCUUGGAUCGACGGCAUCAUUAAGGACCUCAUUCACAGCUCUACCGACGUCUCUAUUCCCCAGCUCAUCCACAACGUGAGGGAGAUUAUUUAUCCUUGUAAUCCUAACCUCGCCGCCCUCCUCGAGUACAGGCUCCGUUCCAUAUCGGAAACGACGUUCACCUCCCCCUCCUCCGACAUCAGGAAAAGAAAGGAAGCUCCUGCUCCUCCUCUCUCAGUGCAGCAGCAGCAGUAUCAGCAUCAGCAUCUACAGCAACAGGUACAACAAGGGCCUAACGGGCUCAAUAAGGUUAUUAAUCUAGAUUCCACGGUAAACAACUUCGCUAUUUUCCCUCCGCCGCCGGAUUCUUGUUGUGCUGCCUCCGCUUCCCAUGCCGCCACGCAUGCCAUCAUGAACAACAACAACAACAACAGCAACAAUAAUAAUAAUAAUAAUCAAGACUUAUACUUGCACUGGGGACUAACAGUUCCAGUGCUGCCCCCACCUCCAUCAUCCUUAACUCCUAGCAACGAACAACACCAUCAUCAUCAUCAUCACCAUCAGUCUUUAGAUCUGGUACAGCAGCAGCAGCAGCCCCAAGAUCCGCAACAAGAAAACUCUUCCCCACCUGAAGAGGCAGAAGCAGAAGCAGAAGCAACAGCUACUGCAACUGUAGCACCACCGCCUUCUCCAGCAAAUGCAAAUGCAGCAAUAUUGAGAGAAAGCAGGAAGGAAGAGAUGCGUCAGCAAAAGAGAGACGAACAAGGCUUACAUCUGCUGACCCUUCUUCUGCAGUGCGCGGAAGCAGUCUCCGCCGAUAAUUUUGAGGAAGCCAACAAGAUGCUUCUGGAGAUUGCGGAACUGUCCACCCCAUUCGGGACAUCCGCCCAACGAGUGGCUGCAUAUUUCUCCGAGGCAAUGUCCGCCAGGCUCGUCAGCUCCUGCCUGGGGAUUUACGCGGCUCUCUCACCUUCCUCCGUUCCCAUUACCCACAUCCAGAAGAUGGCUUCCGCCUUCCAGGUGUUCAACGGAAUCAGCCCCUUCGUCAAGUUCUCCCACUUCACUGCCAACCAGGCCAUCCAGGAGGCCUUCGAGAGGGAGGAGAGAGUCCAUAUCAUCGAUCUGGAUAUCAUGCAAGGCCUCCAAUGGCCCGGUCUCUUUCACAUCCUCGCUUCCAGGCCAGGGGGCCCUCCGUUCGUCCGCCUCACCGGCCUCGGCACCUCCGUCGACGCCCUUGAGGCCACUGGCAAGCGUCUCUCCGAUUUCGCCGACAAGUUGGGCCUCCCCUUCGAGUUCCUCCCCGUCGCCGACAAGGUUGGCAAUUUGGAUCCCGACAGGCUCAACGUCAGCAAGAGGGAGGCUGUUGCCGUCCAUUGGCUGCAGCAUUCUCUUUACGAUGUCACUGGCUCCGAUACCAAUACGCUGUGGCUUUUGCAGAGAUUGGCACCCAAGGUGGUGACGGUAGUGGAGCAGGACUUGAGCCACGCGGGGUCAUUCUUGGGAAGGUUCGUGGAGGCCAUACACUACUACUCAGCACUGUUCGACUCUCUUGGGGCGAGCUACGGAGAGGAGAGCGAGGAGAGGCAUGUGGUGGAGCAGCAGCUUCUGUCGAGGGAGAUACGGAAUGUGCUGGCAGUAGGAGGUCCUUCGAGAAGUGGAGAUGUCAAGUUCCACAACUGGAGGGAAAAGUUCCAGCAGUGCGGCUUCAGGGGCAUCUCUUUAGCUGGUAAUGCCGCCACUCAGGCCACGCUGCUUCUCGGGAUGUUCCCUUCCGAGGGUUACACCUUGGUGGAGGACAGUGGCACCCUCAAGCUUGGUUGGAAAGAUCUUUGCUUGCUCACUGCUUCUGCUUGGAGACCACCACCAUCACCCUUUCAUACUACUACUGCAAUCACUACUCCCACUCCUACUGCUACUCUUUAUUAACUCUCUCUCUCUCUCUCUCUCUCUCAUCAUUUACUCCCCUUAUAUCGUUUUUCCUUUAUAAUUUUAUUUAUUCAUUUUGUGGCCGGGAACAAACACUAUGCAUCUCCUCAUUCAAGCUUAUUUCGGCUUUUUCAGCCUCGUGCAAAACUACGACACUUCCUCUGUAUUUUUAUUUUCAGUAUAUCAAACUAAAUUAAGGGAUUUAUAUGUGUUAAAUUUAAACACAUGUUUCUGAGACUUGGCAUAUAAUAUACAUCAACUACAAGAUAA